AUGAGUGAGCAAGUCAUCACACCACGAGAACACAUCCAACGCGAUCAUCGUGCAGCAACUCCAAGAAGAAAGAUUGCGUUUCUUCGCGAACCUGACAAAGCAAAUGCAGUCCAUGGCAAAAUAUCGAAAGGUACAGAAUUCGAAGCAAUUAUCAAUAAUUUUCGUCAACCUCCUGAAAAGCCCGCUAUGGAAACAAUCGAGAAGAGAAAUUCUGUAUUCAUGAUUAAACCAUUCAAAUUUGAUCAAUCGAAUCCUGAUCGUGAACCAACACCGAUUUUUAGUGGAAGUGUUUAUCUUGACCGAUGGGAUGAAAAUCAUGUUCGUAUGCCAUGUUCACGAUCGUUUAAAUUUGUUUAUUCACAUGAUGAACGUGCUUAUUUUAUGUCAACUGUUUUAUCUAAUAUUUGUGAUCUUGCACUGAAUGUUGAUAAAAUUUGUAGUCGACCACCACCAUUGUUACGUAUUGGAACAAAUCUUUUAGUUACUAUGUCUCAACGACAAGCUGCUUCAUUAUUAGCAUGCGCCUUUUUCUGUUUAUUUCCAUUUCGUCAUGAUGAUAAACCUAACGAAGCCUAUGCAAAUUUUCAAGAUCCGAAUUUUAAAAAAUUAUAUAUUCAUGGACCUCCGCAAAAAAUAGAAAAAGUCAGAUGUAUUUUACAUUAUUUUAAACGAAUCACAGAAAAAAUGCCCACUGGGGUAAUUACAUUUCGGCGUUAUUCAUUACCUGAUAGUUCUUAUCCGGAUUGGUUACAUUCAAAUGCCAAUAUCUCUCCCUUACACUUGACAACGGGUGAAAAGAUAGAAGAUGUUAAUUGUGUUUUACAAGUUGAUUUUGCUAAUCAAUAUAUUGGAGGUGGCGUUUUAGGUACUGGUUGUGUACAAGAAGAGAUUCGUUUUACUAUCUGUCCUGAAAUGCUUGUUAGUUUACUUGUUUGCGAAAAAAUGGAGUCGAACGAAUGUAUUUUUCUUAUCGGAUGCGAACGAUAUUCAUCAUAUGAUGGUUAUGCUGAUUCAUUUCAUUUUGCAGGAAACUAUAAAGAUACUACACCUAAAGAUAAUUGGGGUCAAAAAUGGUGCCAUGUAGUAGCUAUGGAUGCUAUUUAUUUUCGUAAUCCAACUGUGCAGUAUCAGAUGAAAUGCGUGCGCCGUGAGUUAAUUAAAGCUUACGCGAGCUUUCGUCCUCGGCCAGCAAAGAAUGCAUCAGAAAGUUUGUUUGGUAUUGCUACUGGAAAUUGGGGUUGUGGUGCAUUCAACGGUAGUAAACAACUGAAAGCAAUUAUUCAACUAAUGACUGCUUCGGAAGCUGGACGUCCACUAGUUUAUGCAGCUUAUCUAGAUGGAAAUUUAGUUAACUCAUUCUUUGACGUUUAUCAAUAUUUAUUAAGUGAAGAAGCAAAAAGUACAAUUUGUACUUAUAUUCGCGCAGCCCUCAAAUGGCAACGACUUGUGAAUACUGACUUUUCUAAACCCUUCCGUCUUACACCACAGCUCAACUCCAAAAAUGAUAUUAUUUGGUCCACCAGUCGACAAGUUGCUGAUAAACAUGGUGGUUAUUAUGGUCGUAAAAAAUUUGCUCCUGGUGUUAUGCUUUGGGGUGGCAUAAGUUGGAAUGGUUUAAUUCCACGAGAGGCACCAGUGCUUAUCGAUGAGUUUUUGGAAGGAUAUCAAUGGUCAAAACGUGCCAAGAAAACAAUGAAUGGUACCCGAUAUGCUGAUCUCAUUAGAACUAUUGCUUAUCCAGCUAUUAUGCAACAAUAUUGA